ACUGUGGCCUUGGACCAUGGGAGAUCUGGAGUUCCACCACCUGUUCUGGGAGUAGGGCCCAAUCAGCCCCCCUGCUCACCUUCUGCCCUAUAUUAGAGCCCCAGGCUCUGUGCCCUUUUCUUAUCAUCGCAAAAUUCACGAUGCUUCGGCUGCUCAGUUCCCUCCUCCUUGUGGCCUUUGCCUCAGGCUAUGGCCAACCUUCCUCUCAGCCUUCCAGCCGCGUUGUCAAUGGUGAGGAUGCAGUCCCCUACAGCUGGCCCUGGCAGGUUUCCCUGCAGUAUGAGAAAAACGGAAGCUUCCACCACACCUGCGGUGGCAGCCUCAUCGCCCCCGACUGGGUUAUGACUGCGGGCCACUGCAUCUCGAGCUCCCUGACCUACCAGGUGGUGUUGGGCGCGUACAACCUUGAUGUGAAGGAGGGCCCCGAGCAGGUGAUCCCCAUCGACUCUGGGGACCUCUUUGUGCAUCCACUCUGGAACCCCUCGUGUGUGGCCUGUGGCAAUGACAUCGCCCUCAUCAAGCUCUCACGAAGCGCCCAGCUGGGAGACGCCGUCCAGCUCGCCUCACUCCCUCCUGCUGGUGACAUCCUUCCCAACGAGACACCCUGCUACAUCACCGGCUGGGGCCGUCUCUAUACCAACGGACCACUCCCAGACAAGCUGCAGCAGGCCCUGCUGCCCGUGGUGGACUAUGAGCACUGCUCCAAGUGGAACUGGUGGGGUCCCACUGUGAAGAAGACCAUGGUGUGUGCUGGUGGGGACACCCGCUCCGGCUGCAACGGUGACUCUGGAGGACCCCUCAACUGCCCCACAGAGGAUGGUGGCUGGCAGGUCCACGGUGUGACCAGCUUUGUUUCUUCCUUUGGCUGCAACACCCGAAGGAAGCCCACGGUGUUCACUCGAGUCUCUGCCUUCAUCGACUGGAUCGAGGAGUGUGUCUCCGGGAACUUGAUGGCUUCUGAGUGGCGCUUGGAACUACGGCUGAACUUCCUUAUUUCAACAAGUAUUUACAAAGUAUCUCCUCUGGUCUUGUCCUCUCUUGUCAGGGAGGAUAGAGACAUGCCAGAUAAGAGGUUGCCUGCUGGGGGACAGGUGAUUACAUAAACGAUAAUGACGAAGUCUGAUGAGAGCCAAGAGAGGGGAGUCCAGGCCUCAGACUUCAUCUGGGGAUGGGUGAUCAGAGAGGAUUAAUAAUGCUUGUGAUAACAGUAAUAGCUAAAAAAAAAAAAAAAAAAAAAAAAAAAA